AUGGCAGCAGCCGACCUAUCAGUGCAGGAUCCUCUUCUUUCGCUGCGCCGAGCCAUUGCCUCGGACAGCCCCCCAACCCCGACAACCUCGUCCGAGCUCUCGAACGAACAUGCGACAGAGGACCUCGCCCAGGCUACACACCUCUACUUCUCGCAGCCAAUUCCACAGUCAAUUCCCCUCUCGACGCCAACACGCUUCACGCGCAUCGCAUCCGGAACAGUCGAGUCCGCCGUCGACCUGCGCAGCAUCUUCUUCGCGUGGCAGAAGAAAGAUGUCGCUAUCCCGGAAUACAUUGCCUCCGCACAUGAGUUGAACGAGGCGCUGAGGUUGAAGGGGCCCGCUGAGUCUGGGACAGUUGAGGAGGUUCAGAAUCUCCCUUUCGUCGAGCGCUUGGAUCUCAUUACCUGGCUCGAGGGUGCGUCGGAUGAAAGCGAGUACAUCAAGCCUUUGCAAGGCGCGGCUGCGGCUGCUGCUGCUGCUGCCGCCUCCGCAGCUGGUGCUGCUCAGGCUGAAGCCUCGGCCGGUAUUGCAUCUGGUACCCGUCCUCAGAAGCCGAUUGAUCCUCGGCUGCAGGAGAUUUACAAUGGAGAACGGAAGACUGGGGAUCGGAAUACUGUGCUGAGAGGCAUUAAGGCUACCGACUUUUCCCAUGUCCGCAAGAGUGCCGAGAUCUUCCUCGACCGCAACCGCUCUCGCCCAGGUCAACCCACCAAACCAGGCAGCAAGAUGAUCCCCGCCCCUUCAGCAGGCCUCUCAAUGCCCUCUCGCAAAUCCAGCUCCCGGCCAGACCCCAUUAUCCUCCUCUCCCCCUCCGCCUCAUCUCUCAUCCGCAUGUCAAACAUCAAGUCCUUCCUGCAAGACGGUAUCUUCGUCCCACCAGACCACCCCACACUGUCCAUGUCCACCGAGGCCAACUUCAUGGAACUCAAGCGUCCACUACGCCUAAAGUCUGACCCCUCCAACCCCAACGCCGCGAGCGCAGCCAACAAAGCAUCCAAGCCUACCAAGUUCAUUCUUGUGGAUGGAACAACAAACUUCAAGCCGGAGUAUUGGUCGCGGCUUGUGGCCGUCUUUACAACUGGACAGACCUGGCAGUUUAAGUCCUAUAAGUGGUCUUCUCCGCCAGAGCUGUUUAAGCAUGCUACUGGUGUCUAUGUUGGCUGGAGGGGCGAGGAGGUUCCGCCUACUGUUAAGGGAUGGGGACGCGGCGUGCAGAGUUUCAAUGUUGAGCGGUGGGAUGAGAAAGGUGGGAUUCAUGGUGGUGGACGAUGGAGGGAUCGGGAGGUUGUUGAGGGAAUUUGGACAGCUAUUGAGGAGGGCAUGAGGCUUCGUGGUUGGGGGUCAAAAUGA